CGCUGGGCCGAGGGCGCAGAGAAAUGGCAAUGGCACUGGAGACGAUAGCGGCUUCCUAUGGGCGUGCUUUGAGUCGAGCAGCUUCUCUGUUGUGGUUUACAGCCCGAAAAAGUUCACAGAGUACUUCAGUACAGCAAGGAGCCCUUGCAAAAACAUCUUUAUCUUCACCCCCAUGGCCUGAAAUCAAGUUGCCAGAUCCAGUCGAAGAGGCGAAGCAACACAGAGAGAUUGUGCAAAAAGUGAAUGAGCAAAUUGCUGCCAGACAAUAUGGAAGGCUAUUUGCAGUUGUUCACUUUGCCAGCAGACAAUGGAAAGUAACCAGUGAAGACUUGAUUUUAGUUGAAAAUCACAUACCUGCUGAAUGUGGAGACAGAAUCCGAAUGGAGAAGGUAUUGCUGGUUGGUACAGAAGACUUCACUCUCCUUGGGAGGCCACUUCUAGGAAAAGACCUUGUCCGUGUGGAGGCUACUGUUAUUGAAAAGACUGAAUCUUGGCCAAAAAUUAACAUGAGGUUUCGUCGAAAACGCCAUUUCCAGAGGAAGAGAAUUAUGAUUGUACCACAGACUGUUCUCAGGAUAAACACCAUUGAAAUUGCUCCUGCACUCUUAUGAUGAAUUCUUGGGCUUGGUUGGUUUGUUAGAGCUUUAGGGCAGUAUGAAAAUGGAAAGUUUUUCCUUGCAUUUUGUUAUUGUCUCUUCUAGAAACAUGUUACUAAAUAAAACUCCUGUCCCAGCGUAAUUCCUAACUUGGUGGUGAUGAUUGUGGAACUAAGCAAAUAGAAUUAGUGAUUGGAGGAUUAUUUCUCCUUUGAUAUGCAUUUGGUUGAGAAUAUUAUAGAAAAGGAGUAGAACCGAACAUAUAACUCCUCACUCAAGUCAACCCAACUAUGUCUCCUAUGCUCCCAGGAGUUCUGUUGUUGCCUGUCAAGGAUUGCAAAGAUGGGAUGGGGUGGAGUGGUGGUGGCCUGCAACCAUACAUUACUGGUGUACUGUGUUCAUCUUGAGAUUUCCCAAGUUGAACAGAUCUAAUUUAGGCUUCGUUGUGUCUCUGUGCACUCAUGUUUUUGACAAUGAAAAGGGAAGAUGCUCAUUGUCGUUACAGAGCAUCUUCUGUUUAGGUAGUAGUGGAGUCCAGUGUGCAUGGAGGACUCUGAAUUACAGCUGUAGUAUAAAAGCAUGAAACCAAGAGUUUGUCUUUUCCAAGAGGACUGUGCCAUGCCGAAAGUGUCACCCUAUACUGUAGUGGUAUGCUUAUCUACAUCUCAUUAAGGCUUCCAACUGUUCA